GGGCCGGGGCGCACCGGCGGGGGGCGGUGGCGGCGGCGCUGCUUCACCCCCCCCCACCCCCCCCCCAGCCCCAUCCCGCUCCCCCCGGGCCCCCCCGGGCCCCCCCAGCCGCCAGCCCCGGCGCCCGCCCGGCGCGGCCCGCCCGCCGCCCGCCAUGCUCCCCGGGGCACCGCCGCCGCCCGCCGGCUUCCCCAGCCCGCCGCCGCCCCAGCCGCCGCCGCCGCCGCCCGCCGCCCCCCCGCCCGCGCCGCCGCCGCCGUUCCCGGGGAAGGGCGGCCUGCAGAUCCGGAAGAAUGCCAUCACGGACGACUACAAGGUCACCACGCAAGUGCUGGGCUUGGGCAUCAACGGGAAAGUUUUGGAGAUCUUCAGUAAGAAGAGCGGGGAGAAGUUCGCUCUCAAGAUGCUGCAGGACUGCCCGAAGGCCCGCAGGGAAGUGGAGCUGCACUGGAGAGCGUCGCAGUGCGCGCACAUCGUCCGCAUCAUGGACGUCUACGAGAACCUCUACCAAGGGAGGAAGUGUCUGCUCAUCGUCAUGGAGUGCCUGGACGGCGGGGAGCUCUUCAGCCGAAUUCAAGACAGGGGAGACCAGGCCUUCACGGAACGGGAGGCUUCAGAGAUAAUGAAGAGCAUUGGGGAAGCCAUUCAGUACCUGCACUCGAUCAACAUUGCGCACCGGGAUGUGAAGCCGGAAAACCUCUUGUACACCUCCAAAAGGCCCAAUGCUGUGCUAAAACUCACGGACUUUGGCUUUGCUAAAGAAACCACCACGCACAACUCUUUGGCCACUCCGUGUUACACGCCAUACUAUGUGGCCCCGGAGGUGCUGGGCCCGGAGAAGUACGACAAGUCCUGUGACAUGUGGUCCCUCGGUGUCAUCAUGUACAUUCUGCUGUGUGGGUACCCCCCUUUCUACUCCAACCACGGCCUGGCCAUCUCACCUGGCAUGAAGAAGCGAAUCCGAAUGGGCCAGUACGAGUUUCCCAAUCCAGAAUGGUCCGAAGUAUCGGAGGAAGUUAAGCAGCUGAUACGCAACCUGCUGAAGACUGACCCGACCCAGCGUAUGACGAUAACGGAGUUCAUGAACCACCCCUGGAUCAUGCAAUCCAUGCAGGUGCCGCAGACCCCGCUGCACACCAGCCGCGUGCUGAAAGAGGAGAAGGAUCUGUGGGAGGACGUGAAGGAGGAGAUGACGAGCGCGCUGGCCACCAUGCGAGUGGACUAUGAACAAAUCAAGAUCAAGAAAAUCGAAGAUUCCUCGAACCCUUUGCUGAUGAAGAGGCGGAAGAAAGCAAACCCCACCGAGCCUGCCGCGCUCCCCCACUGAGGGUGCCCCGCGCCCGCCGGCCCUUGAGAAAGCAAUAACUAUAUAUAUAUUUUUUUUAAGAAAAAAGACAAAAAGAGACAGACUGUUAUAUCAAGCGCAUGGAAUUCAGACAUUUAUACCAGACUAGUUAUUUUUAGCUACUCACCUGUGUUUCUGACCUUGCUGGAGCAGGCGGUAAGAUUCCCCCGUCAGAUCCAUACGCUGCGGCCAGGGGUUUUGUCCUGUAGGUGAACGCCGCUGGUAAUUGGAUAAUUUUUUUUUCUUUCGUGAAAUGGUUUUGAUUUUUUUCUUUUUUCCUUCCUUCCAAAGACAUGGAAAUUCCUGUGGUGACCUUUUUAGGGUAUAUAACAUAUAAAUAUUUUUUAAAAACUACUGUAGAGCUGAAAGCCAGACAGUGUGUUCCUGGUGUGGAUGCUGGCUAAGGAUGGGCUUCGGGCUUGGGAAUGGGUUAGGGGUGGGGAAGGAGAGCUGCCUGCUCCCCCGUCCUGCUGUGUGUGGCAGGGCUGGCGUGGGGAAGCGGGGGGUCCCUGUGGCUGCCAUGCUGCUUUGCUGGCUGGAAAACUGCUGCUUUUAAAGCACGGUAGCCAAAAGCCAACCCCCCUCCCUCCCCAGCCUGGAAGCCUUGCCUCUACCGGGCGGCACGCAGGGCUCCCCGCCAGCACCGUCUGUGUCACUGUCUGUCUGUGCGUGGGGUGUGUGUCGUGUCCGUGGGCGAGCAGCUGCGUGUGGCCCCCAGCCCCCCGCCGUGGGCACCGCAGUCUGUACCUGUGCCUGGAAUCCAGUUCUGACCUCAGGGGUGGGCAGGGGGGGGGGGGCGGGGGAAACGGGGCGAGCAGGAGGCCAGUGCCCCCUGUUUUACCCCGCUGUGCAGGGACGUGGGGAGCAGAUGCUUCCCUGCCGCCUCUGCCCGCUCCCCCAGCCCUGGGGGAGAUGCUGUCCCCCUGGGGGAGAUGCUGUCCUGCGUGGAGCGGGGUGGAAAAGGCACGGGGCCGUAGCUCAAGCUGGGACAGCAGCACUGCCCCCCCCCCCCCCCCCGGGGCUGGGGGGCUGGCAAUGCUCCUCCACUCCUGGGAGCAGGACGGCUGCUCUGAAGUCUUUAGUCCAUGAAUUAUUAUUAUUAUUAUUAUUAUUUGUCACAACGUUUCACUGCGUUAAAUGUGUUUGAAUGGGGAAAAAAAAAUUUUAAGCAAUGUUUAGUUUUUAGGUGAUCUUUUAGACACUGUAUGGAAUUUUAAUUUGUUUUAAAAACCAAUUUUUAUCCCUUUUUUUUUUUUUUUUUUUUUAAAUUUUUGUCUGUUGGCUUAUACUAAUCUUCCUGGUCUGCUCUUCAGUCCCUUGGAUUAAAGACACUUAAUGCGUCA